CUUCCAUUCAGACUGGUCAACCAAAUGGAAGAGCCAAGUCAAAGUCUUCCCUUUCCUUCACUAUGUUCCACCUCCACCAUAAGUCCAUAACUAUAAACACAAUUUCCACAAAUGAAACCAAAACACAAUCCUAAGAUUAUUAUAAACAUAAUUCUAAUAUGCAUCCAACUACAACACUUACAUAUUGAAAUUCAAAUUCAAAAUGAAAUUCAAAUUCAAAUUUCAAAUGAACAUGUACUUCAAAUCUCACUUUCUAUUCCUAACCCUUGUUUUCGUCACCACCACCGUCGCCGCCGUAUCCCCCGGCACCACCCUCUCCGCCUCCAAUACCAACCAAUCAUGGUCCUCUCCGAGUUCCACUUUCUCCCUCCACUUCAUCCCCGUCGAUCCACCAACCUCCCCUCCUUCCUUCCUCGCCGCCAUCGUCUACUCCGGCGGUGCUCCCGUCGUAUGGACAGCCGGUAACUCCACCGCCGUCGAUUCCAAUGGUUCCUUCCAAUUCCUCACCACCGGUUCCCUUCGUCUCGUCAACGGCUCCGGCGCCACUGUCUGGGACUCAGGUACCGCUAACCUCGGUGCGACAUCAGCCACCGUCGAUGACACUGGUAAAUUGGUAAUUUCAAACGGAACAAAAAUCCUUUGGUCAAGCUUUGACCACCUUACUGAUACACUUUUGCCUUCACAGAAUUUCAGUGUUGGUAAGGUUCUGAAAUCUGGUCUUUAUAGUUUUAGUCUUAGUGAAAUUGGUAAUUUAUCAUUGAUAUGGAAUGAUAGCAUAAUUUUCUGGACUAAAGGUGUAAAUUCAUCUGUGAAUGGUAGUUUGAGUUCACCUUUUAUAUCGUUGUCAUCGAUCGGGAUAUUGCAACUUUCGGAUCUGAAUUUGAGUACUCCUGCUGUUGUUGCUUAUAGUAGUGAUUAUGCUGAUGCCGGUAGCGGUGGUAGUGAUGUUUUAAGGAUUUUGAAAUUAGAUAAUGAUGGGAAUUUAAGGAUUUAUAGCACUUCUAAGGGUAGUGGAAACCCUAGAGUUAGAUGGGCUGCUGUUGAAGAUCAAUGUGAAGUUUAUGCUUAUUGUGGGAAUUAUGGUAUAUGUAGUUAUAAUGAUACUAACACUAUUUGUGGGUGCCCUUCUGAGAAUUUUGAGUUCUUGAGUAGUAGUAAUAGUAGGAAGGGGUGUAGGAGGAAGGUUAGUCUUGAUAGUUGUCAAGGGAAUGAAACUAUGUUGACAUUGGAUCAUACUCAGUUAUUGACUUAUAAACCUGAUACUGAGUCGCAGGCCUUUUUCAUUGGUAUAUCGGCGUGUAGAGGGAAUUGUUUGUCAGGUUCGCGUGCAUGUUUUGCUUCUACUUCUUUGUCGGAUGGGACGGGUCAAUGUUAUAUGAAAUCGGUUGAUUUUGUUAGUGGUUAUCAUAGUCCUGCGUUACCUAGUACUUCUUAUAUUAAGGUUUGUUCACCGUUGGCUCCGAAUCCGCCGCCUUCUUUAGGCGAGACGGUGAAGGAAAAGAGUUCGAGUGUACCUGCUUGGGUUGUUGUGGUUGUUGUUUUGGGUACCCUUUUAGGUGUGGUUGCAAUUGAAGGUGGUUUAUGGAUAUGGUGCUGUAGAAAAAAUGCGAGGUUUGGUGUUUUGUCGGCUCAGUAUGCUCUUCUUGAGUAUGCUUCGGGUGCGCCAGUUCAGUUCUCGUACAAGGAGCUUCAGCGGUCGACGAAAGGGUUCAAGGAGAAGCUUGGAGCUGGUGGAUUUGGUGCUGUUUAUCGAGGAAUUCUUGUUAACAAAACUAUUGUUGCAGUGAAACAACUUGAAGGCAUUGAGCAAGGUGAGAAACAGUUUAGGAUGGAAGUUGCAACUAUAAGUAGUACACAUCAUCUUAAUUUGGUGAGGCUUAUCGGUUUUUGCUCCGAAGGGCGACACAGGCUUUUGGUCUACGAGUUCAUGAAAAACAGUUCAUUGGAUAAUUUUCUAUUCCCAAAAGAAGAGCAAUCAGGAAAGUUGUUGAAUUGGGAGUAUCGGUACAAUAUCGCACUAGGAACUGCAAGAGGAAUCACGUACCUUCACGAGGAGUGUCGCGAUUGCAUAGUCCACUGUGAUAUCAAACCUGAAAACAUUCUCUUGGAUGAGAAUUAUGUCGCUAAAGUCUCCGAUUUUGGUCUUGCAAAGCUUGUUAACCCAAAGGACCAUAGGAAUAGAACCUUGACAAGCGUACGAGGAACAAGAGGAUAUUUAGCCCCCGAGUGGAUUGCAAAUCUUCCAAUAACAUCGAAAUCCGAUGUUUACAGCUAUGGCAUGGUUCUGUUAGAGAUUGUGAGUGGAAAGAGGAACUUCGAUGUCUCAGAGGAAACAAAUAGGAAGAAGUUCUCCAUUUGGGCCUAUGAAGAGUUUGAGAAAGGCAACAUCAAAGGAAUUUUGGAUAAAAGACUUGCAGAGCUAGAAGUCGAUAUGGCGCAAGUUACACGAGCGAUUCAAGUAUGCUUUUGGUGCAUCCAAGAGCAACCAUCUCAAAGACCAGCAAUGAGUAAAGUUGUUCAAAUGCUAGAAGGGGUAAAAGAAAUUGAGAAGCCACCACCCCCUAAAUUUGUUGUUGAAGGACCUGUUAGUGGAACCAGCACCUAUAUCAGCAGCAAUAUUAGUGCAUUGUCCACCACAAUAGGAGCCUCACCUCAUGAUCCUUCAUCAUCAUCAUCAUUCCAGACAAGUCGUGUUUCAAGCCUCACCAUUGGAAGAAACCCUGAGAAGGCAACUUCGUCCCUUUUACAAUUGGAUCAAUCAUAGAAACUGCUUUCAUUUUUUAUGAUUUGCCAAAAAUAUACAAGGUUACAUUCAUUGGUUUGGAAAUUGUGCUUGAACAGCAGAAGUUUUGCUGGUCAAAUACAGUGUAUGAUAUAUAUAGACUAUAUUUUGUAUGUUGUUUGGUUAUUGUAUACUAGUUUAAAAUAGGAGAUUGCAAAAUUACAUUUGAAUUGAUUAUCUGUAUUCAAUUCUUGAAAUUUCUUGUUAUUAUGUAUGCAGGACAAGUUUUAUAUCAAGACUACUGUCCUUACAUUUUCUCUUCUA